CCAGCCCGCUGCUUCUCCGCGCCCCCUCCCCUCCCUUGGUCCCCGCCAGCCAACGGGAGAGAUCUCGACGCCUGAGGUCUGGGAGGUUGGAGUCGAGCAGCUUGCCUGACUGUUGAAUCUGACCUGUCAUCACUUGGCCCAUGUGGCGUGUGGCCCGCGGCCGGAGGCUUCCUGUUGGUGGCGCUGUUUGGUCCCCUCUGGAGUGCAGCGAGGCAGACCAGGCUGCAACAGUCUGGGUUUUUUGAUAACAUUCCCACUCCCGCCCCGUUGUCUCCAAAGGAGCAGAAGCUGAGGCUCUGGGCCCAAGGACAGCGAACCGUGGCCGCCUCUCCAGUCCGAGCCACGCAGUGCCGCUCCUGGAUUAACCAGAUUUCAGGAGUGAGGAGAGUACGUUUCAUUCAGAGGCUCCUGGAACGUCGACGGUGUCUCCUUUGGAAAGAACCAUCCCCUUCUUGGGCUUCAGAUGCCCAAAUGGAGGUGCAAUGAUGAGAGGAUGUGGUGGUCCACACUGAUAUCAAUCUUGAGGGCUAGUUCUUUUUGGAGACGGAUAUCUGCCCAGACAGUAAGAAUUACGAGAGCUCUCAGAGCUUAUUUCAAAAGAAUAAUGGAUGAACCAUCUUCCUUGGCCAAACCUCUGGAGCUGAACCAGCACUCAAGAUUCAUAAUUGGUUCUGUGUCUGAAGAUAAUUCAGAAGAUGAGAUCAGCAAUUUGGUGAAGUUGGACCUACUGGAGGAGAAGGAAGGCUCUUUGUCACCAGCUUCUGGCAGCUCAGAUACACUCUCUGACUUGGGAAUCUCUAGCUUACAGGAUGGCCUGGCCUCACACAUAAGGUCUAGUAUGUCUGGGUUACACCUCGUAAAACAAGGUCGAGACAGGAAGAAAAUAGAUUCUCAGCGAGAUUUUACUGUGGCUUCUCCUGCAGAAUUUGUUACUCGUUUUGGGGGAAAUAAGGUGAUUGAGAAGGUUCUUAUUGCUAAUAAUGGCAUUGCAGCAGUGAAAUGUAUGAGAUCUAUCCGGCGGUGGUCGUACGAAAUGUUUCGAAAUGAGCGUGCAAUUCGAUUUGUUGUCAUGGUCACACCUGAAGACCUUAAAGCAAAUGCAGAAUAUAUUAAGAUGGCUGAUCAUUAUGUGCCAGUGCCUGGAGGACCAAACAACAACAACUAUGCAAACGUGGAAUUAAUUCUUGACAUUGCUAAAAGAAUCCCAGUACAAGCAGUGUGGGCAGGUUGGGGUCAUGCUUCUGAGAAUCCCAAGCUCCCAGAACUUCUCUUGAAAAAUGGCAUUGCCUUUAUGGGUCCUCCAAGCCAGGCCAUGUGGGCUUUGGGCGAUAAGAUUGCAUCUUCCAUUGUAGCUCAAACUGCAGGUAUCCCAACUCUUCCCUGGAGUGGCAGUGGUCUUCGUGUGGACUGGCAGGAAAAUGAUUUUUCGAAACGUAUCUUAAAUGUUCCACAGGAACUCUAUGAAAAAGGUUACGUGAAGGACGUGGAUGAUGGGCUGAAGGCAGCAGAAGAAGUUGGAUAUCCAGUAAUGAUCAAGGCCUCAGAAGGAGGAGGAGGGAAGGGCAUCAGGAAAGUCAACAAUGCAGAUGACUUUCCUAACCUCUUCCGACAGGUUCAAGCUGAAGUCCCUGGAUCUCCUAUAUUUGUGAUGAGACUAGCCAAACAAUCUCGUCACCUGGAGGUGCAGAUUCUAGCAGAUCAGUAUGGCAAUGCCAUCUCUUUGUUUGGCCGUGACUGCUCUGUACAACGAAGGCAUCAGAAGAUUAUUGAAGAGGCUCCUGCUGCUAUUGCUACUCCAGUAGUAUUUGAACACAUGGAACAGUGUGCGGUGAAACUUGCCAAAAUGGUGGGUUAUGUGAGUGCUGGAACUGUGGAAUAUCUGUACAGCCAGGAUGGCAGCUUCUACUUUCUGGAACUGAAUCCUCGGCUACAGGUGGAGCACCCUUGUACAGAAAUGGUGGCUGAUGUCAAUCUCCCUGCAGCACAACUCCAGAUUGCCAUGGGGAUCCCUCUAUUUAGAAUCAAGGAUAUACGGAUGAUGUAUGGGGUAUCUCCCUGGGGUGAUGCUCCUAUUGAUUUUGAAAAUUCUGCUCAUGUUCCUUGCCCAAGGGGUCAUGUUAUUGCUGCCCGGAUCACUAGUGAAAAUCCAGAUGAGGGUUUUAAGCCAAGCUCAGGAACAGUUCAGGAACUAAAUUUCCGUAGCAACAAGAAUGUUUGGGGUUAUUUCAGUGUUGCUGCUGCAGGAGGACUUCAUGAAUUUGCUGAUUCUCAGUUUGGUCACUGCUUUUCCUGGGGCGAAAACAGAGAAGAAGCAAUUUCAAAUAUGGUUGUGGCUUUGAAGGAACUAUCUAUUCGGGGUGACUUUCGAACUACAGUUGAAUACCUGAUCAAAUUGUUAGAGACUGAAAGCUUUCAGUUGAACAGAAUUGAUACUGGCUGGCUGGACAGACUGAUAGCAGAAAAAGUACAGGCAGAACGACCUGAUACUAUGUUGGGAGUCGUGUGUGGGGCUCUCCACGUGGCAGAUGUGAAUCUGCGGAAUAGCAUCUCCAACUUUCUUCACUCCUUAGAACGGGGUCAAGUCCUACCUGCUCAUACACUUCUGAACACAGUAGAUGUUGAGCUUAUCUAUGAUGGAAUCAAAUACGUACUUAAGGUAACUCGGCAGUCUCCCAACUCCUACGUGGUGAUCAUGAAUGGCUCAUGUGUGGAAGUUGAUGUCCAUCGGCUGAGUGACGGAGGACUGCUCUUGUCAUAUGACGGCAGUAGUUACACCACAUACAUGAAGGAAGAAGUUGAUAGAUACCGCAUUACAAUCGGCAAUAAAACCUGUGUGUUUGAGAAGGAAAAUGACCCAUCAGUAUUGCGUUCACCUUCUGCUGGGAAGUUAAUCCAAUACAUUGUGGAGGAUGGAGGCCAUGUGUUCGCUGGGCAGUGCUAUGCUGAGAUUGAGGUAAUGAAGAUGGUGAUGACCGUAACAGCUUCUGAAUCUGGCUGCAUUCAUUAUGUCAAGCGACCUGGAGCAGCUCUUGACCCUGGCUGUGUAAUAGCAAAAAUGCAAUUGGACAACCCCAACAAGGUUCAGCAGGCUGAGCUUCACACUGGUAGUCUGCCACGGAUCCAGAGCACAGCACUUAGAGGCGAGAAGCUCCAUCGAGUGUUCCACUAUGUCCUGGAUAAUCUGGUCAAUGUAAUGAAUGGAUACUGCCUUCCAGAUCCUUUCUUUAGCAGCAGGGUAAAAGACUGGGUAGAGCGCUUGAUGAAGACCCUCAGAGAUCCCUCCCUGCCUCUCCUUGAAUUGCAAGAUAUCAUGACCAGUGUCUCUGGCCGUAUCCCUCUCAAUGUGGAAAAGUCAAUCAAGAAAGAAAUGGCUCAAUAUGCUAGCAAUAUCACAUCAGUCCUCUGUCAGUUUCCCAGCCAACAGAUUGCCAACAUCCUAGAUAGUCAUGCAGCUACAUUGAACCGGAAAUCUGAACGGGAAGUUUUCUUUAUGAACACUCAGAGCAUUGUUCAACUAGUACAGAGAUACCGAAGUGGCAUUCGAGGCCACAUGAAGGCUGUGGUGAUGGAUCUGCUCCGGCAGUACCUGAAAGUAGAGACACAGUUCCAGAAUGGUCACUAUGACAAAUGUGUGUUUGCCCUUCGUGAAGAGAACAAAAGUGACAUGAACACUGUACUGAACUACAUUUUCUCUCAUGCUCAAGUCACCAAAAAGAAUCUUCUGGUCACAAUGCUUAUUGAUCAGUUAUGUGGCCGGGACCCUACUCUCACUGAUGAGCUGCUGACUAUCCUCACUGAAUUAACUCAACUCAGUAAGACCACCAAUGCCAAAGUGGCACUUCGAGCCCGUCAGGUUCUUAUUGCCUCCCAUUUGCCAUCAUAUGAACUUCGCCAUAACCAAGUAGAGUCUAUUUUUCUAUCAGCUAUUGACAUGUACGGACAUCAGUUUUGCAUUGAGAAUCUGCAGAAACUUAUCCUAUCUGAAACUUCUAUUUUUGAUGUCCUACCAAACUUCUUCUAUCACAGCAACCAGGUAGUGAGGAUGGCAGCUCUGGAGGUAUAUGUUCGAAGAGCUUAUAUUGCCUAUGAACUUAACAGUGUACAGCACCGCCAACUUAAAGACAAUACCUGCGUGGUGGAAUUUCAGUUUAUGCUACCCACAUCUCACCCAAACAGAGGGAACAUCCCCACGCUAAACAGAAUGUCCUUCUCCUCCAACCUCAACCACUAUGGCAUGACUCAUGUAGCUAGUGUCAGCGACGUGCUGUUGGACAACUCCUUCACUCCACCAUGUCAGCGGAUGGGUGGAAUGGUCUCUUUCCGUACUUUUGAAGAUUUUGUCAGGAUCUUUGAUGAAGUGAUGGGCUGCUUCUGUGACUCCCCUCCCCAAAGUCCUACAUUCCCAGAGGCGGGUCAUACAUCUUUAUAUGAUGAAGACAAGGUCCCCCGGGAUGAACCAAUUCACAUUCUGAAUGUGGCCAUUAAGACUGACUGUGACAUUGAGGAUGACAGUCUGGCAGCUAUGUUCAGAGAGUUUACCCAGCAAAAUAAAGCUACCCUGGUUGACCAUGGGAUUCGGCGCCUUACUUUCCUGGUUGCACAAAAGGAUUUUAGAAAACAAGUCAACUGUGAAGUGGAUCAAAGAUUUCAUAGAGAAUUCCCUAAAUUUUUUACUUUCCGAGCAAGAGAUAAGUUUGAGGAGGAUCGUAUCUAUCGUCACCUGGAGCCUGCUCUGGCUUUUCAGUUAGAGCUGAACCGGAUGAGAAAUUUUGACCUUACUGCCAUUCCUUGUGCUAAUCACAAGAUGCACCUGUAUCUUGGGGCAGCCAAGGUAGAAGUGGGCACGGAAGUGACAGACUACAGGUUCUUUGUUCGUGCAAUUAUCAGACAUUCUGAUCUGGUCACUAAGGAAGCUUCUUUUGAAUACCUGCAAAAUGAAGGGGAACGGCUACUGCUGGAAGCCAUGGAUGAGUUAGAAGUUGCUUUUAAUAAUACGAAUGUCCGUACUGACUGUAAUCACAUCUUCCUCAACUUUGUGCCCACAGUCAUCAUGGACCCCUCAAAGAUUGAGGAAUCUGUGCGGAGCAUGGUAAUGCGCUAUGGAAGUCGGUUGUGGAAAUUGCGCGUCCUCCAGGCAGAACUGAAAAUCAACAUUCGCCUGACACCAACUGGAAAAGCAAUUCCCAUCCGCCUUUUCCUGACAAACGAGUCUGGCUAUUACUUGGACAUCAGCCUGUACAAGGAAGUAACUGACUCCAGGACAGCACAGAUCAUGUUUCAGGCAUAUGGAGAUAAACAGGGUCCACUACAUGGAAUGUUAAUCAAUACUCCGUACGUGACCAAAGAUCUCCUUCAGUCGAAGAGAUUCCAGGCACAGUCCUUAGGAACAACAUAUAUAUAUGAUAUUCCGGAGAUGUUUCGGCAGUCCCUGAUCAAACUCUGGGAGUCUAUGUCCACUCAAGCAUUCCUUCCAUCACCCCCUCUGCCCUCUGACAUGUUGACAUAUACUGAACUGGUGUUGGAUGAUCAAGGUCAGCUGGUCCACAUGAACAGGCUUCCAGGAGGAAAUGAGAUUGGCAUGGUAGCUUGGAAAAUGACCCUCAAAAGUCCUGAGUAUCCAGAAGGCCGGGAUAUCAUUGUUAUUGGAAAUGACAUCACAUACCGAAUUGGGUCCUUUGGGCCCCAGGAGGAUUUGCUGUUUCUCAGAGCUUCUGAACUUGCCCGGGCAGAGGGUAUUCCACGCAUCUAUGUAGCAGCCAACAGUGGAGCAAGAAUUGGACUCGCAGAAGAAAUCCGCCAUAUGUUUCAUGUGGCCUGGGUAGAUCCUGAGGAUCCUUACAAGGGAUACAAGUAUUUAUAUUUGACCCCUCAAGAUUAUAAGAGAGUCAGUGCUCUCAACUCUGUCUAUUGUGAACAUGUGGAAGAUGAAGGAGAAUCCAGGUACAAGAUAACAGAUAUUAUUGGAAAAGAAGAGGGACUUGGAGCAGAAAACCUUCGAGGUUCAGGGAUGAUUGCUGGAGAAUCUUCAUUGGCCUAUGAUGAAAUCAUCACCAUCAGCCUGGUGACAUGCCGGGCCAUUGGAAUUGGGGCUUACCUUGUUCGUCUAGGACAGAGAACCAUCCAAGUUGAGAAUUCUCACUUGAUUUUAACAGGAGCCGGUGCCCUCAACAAAGUCCUCGGGCGGGAAGUAUAUACUUCCAAUAACCAGCUUGGGGGCAUCCAGAUCAUGCACAACAAUGGAGUGACUCACAGCACUGUUUGUGAUGACUUUGAAGGAGUCUUUACUGUCCUGCAUUGGCUGUCAUAUAUGCCUAAGAGUGUGCACAGUUCAGUUCCUCUUCUCAACUCCAAGGAUCCUAUAGACAGAAUCAUCGAGUUUGUUCCUACAAAGGCCCCUUAUGAUCCUCGGUGGAUGCUAGCAGGCCGUCCUCACCCAACCCAGAAAGGUCAGUGGUUGAGUGGAUUUUUUGACUAUGGAUCUUUCUCAGAGAUUAUGCAGCCAUGGGCACAGACUGUGGUGGUUGGUAGAGCCAGGCUAGGAGGAAUACCUGUUGGCGUAGUUGCUGUGGAAACCCGAACAGUAGAACUAAGUAUCCCAGCUGAUCCGGCAAACCUGGAUUCUGAAGCUAAGAUAAUUCAGCAAGCUGGCCAGGUUUGGUUCCCAGACUCUGCGUUUAAGACCUAUCAGGCUAUCAAGGACUUCAACCGUGAAGGACUCCCUUUGAUGGUCUUUGCCAACUGGAGAGGCUUCUCUGGUGGGAUGAAAGAUAUGUAUGACCAAGUGCUGAAGUUUGGUGCUUACAUCGUGGAUAGCUUGCGGGAGUGCUCCCAGCCAGUGAUGGUUUACAUUCCUCCGCAGGCUGAGCUGCGGGGUGGCUCCUGGGUUGUGAUUGACCCCACCAUCAACCCCAGGCACAUGGAGAUGUACGCUGACCGAGAAAGCAGGGGAUCAGUUCUGGAGCCAGAAGGGACAGUAGAAAUCAGAUUCCGCAAAAAGGAUCUGGUGAAAACCAUGCGUAGGGUGGAUCCAGUCUACAUCCGCUUGGCUGAGCGAUUGGGCACCCCAGAGCUAAGUCCAGUGGAGCGGAAGGAGCUUGAAAAUAAGCUAAAGGAGCGGGAAGAAUUCCUUAUUCCCAUUUACCAUCAGGUAGCCGUGCAGUUUGCUGACUUGCAUGACACACCAGGCCGGAUGCAAGAGAAGGGUGUUAUUAACGACAUCCUGGACUGGAAAACAUCUCGCACCUUCUUCUACUGGCGGCUGAGGCGUCUCCUGCUAGAGGACCUGGUCAAGAAGAAAAUCCACAAUGCUAACCCAGAGCUGACUGAUGGCCAGAUCCAGGCCAUGUUAAGGCGCUGGUUUGUGGAAGUGGAAGGAACAGUGAAGGCCUAUGUUUGGGACAAUAAUAAAGAUCUGGUGGAGUGGCUGGAGAAGCAGCUGACAGAGGAAGAUGGUGUUCGCUCAGUAAUAGAGGAGAACAUCAAAUACAUCAGCAGAGACUACGUCCUCAAGCAGAUCCGCAGCUUGGUACAGGCCAAUCCAGAAGUUGCCAUGGAUUCCAUUGUCCAUAUGACCCAGCACAUCUCACCCACUCAGCGAGCGGAAAUUGUACAGAUCCUCUCCACGAUGGAUUCCCCUUCCACGUAGGAAGAGCUUCCUGCCCAUCCCUGCCCUGUCUCUGGAGUGAAGGGCUAGAGCUGCUUCUUAUGACUUGAAACCACUGUAAUGAGAAGGCACAGGAGAGCCAGCACUAGAGUCAAAGUGGCAUUUUGCUUCUUCUCAGUGUUUCAGGUUAUGCAUGACAUGCUGGGGUAUAGGAUCACAAAGCCCUGGUCACACUACCCCUUCAGUAUUUAUUACCCUUGCUGUGUCUACAGACCUUCUCCCUGCACAGGACUGAGAAGGCAAUGAAGGGUACAGUUAUGUACCAUGAGGUCUUACUGCACAAAAGCAGGGCUGCCCCUCCUAUCCUGACACCUGGCCCCAUGAGCUGCAGCCACAGGCAGCAGAGGAGGGCUAGAGCUGAGGCACGGAGGAGACGUCAAGUCCAUCAUUCUUUAGCUCACUUUCAUCCUGGCGUACAGUAAGUGAAGAGGAAUCAUUCCCUGUUUAACUAUACCAAGGCAUGCAUUAACAGAGAAAGAUAAGAGCGUGAAAUCGUUGCAGCUUCCAUGAAAAUUCAGAGAUGGGGGAAAACAUUGAUCCAGGAAGAAGGAAAAAAAUAGGCCAAGUUAUUUUUGAUUUAGGGGCCUUAACCUUGGAUUAGCUUCUCUCAGUGCAUAUGAACAGUGGUUGAUUAACCACCACCCUGCUUGCCACUGCUUGACUGACUGACACACCCAGGAGCCACAAGGCCAGUGUGUGGGAUCACUGGCAGUGCCAUAGGCUGAGGUGGCAGAGAAGCAGCCAAAGGAAACUGCUCUUCCUGCCAUUAAUGGAAACUCACGCCACAGGCAGAGCAAGCCAAGGAGAAGUGGUGUCUUUUAAGACCUAGAACUCUGUGGUCACUUAGAAGCCUGGUGCAUUGACAGUUUCAAGAGAGGGAGAGCCUCACAGUGCCUAGAGUUGCCCAUGUCUGAUUCUGGGGCAGCUCUCCUGGUCCCUGCUUUCCCUGAUCUCUGGGUCCCACCUCUCGCCAUAGCUACUGAAAGGAGCCUGAGGACAGCUGUAUUCUCAGCACCAGGAAUGGGCCUUCCUCAUGAGCCAAGGGUUCCAAGGAACACAGAAUCCAUAUGACCUUAAAACCCCUAAACCCGGUUAUGGUGCUGCUGUGUUCCAGGCUUUCUAGUCCCUACAUAGCCAGCACCAGGGGCCUUAGGAGUGGUAUAGAGAGCAUAUUUUCAACAAGUUUAUCCAAGAAAAGACACUACUGAUUCCCCUCAUUGGUAUUCCUAAAGCAAGAGUGGCAGUGAUGAGAGCUAGUGUGGCAUCCCAUUCCUACCUUGCAGCUAAUUGUACUUUCGUCACUGAUGCCCCAGGAGGAAAUCAGGAGAUGGUAUAGAAGCAGGAUAUGAGUACUUUCAAACAAACUACAGUUUUGAGCCUUAACUCUGUAGUUCACGCACAGAAGAGAGCUUCCCCUCCCUUUCUUCCAAAGCACCUGUCCAGAUGGAGUGGCGGGACUUCUCUGCAGUUCUGGAGCACAGGUGGGCACUGUGGGGCUGGGUGCACAUUGAUCACCCCAGGAGUCGGACCCUCUGGCUUCCCUGGCGCAAAGUGCAGGCACUUGGCACCUUCAAGGAAGGGCAGAGAAAGGUGGAGAUAUCUCAGUCAAUUCUCAGUCAAGGAAGAAACUUCCCCUGCUGCUACUUAUUUGCUUGCCUCCUAGGUAGAAGUUGGACUGUCUCUGGCCAGAUUAUUCCUCCACACUUUUCUAUAGUAAAUCAAAUUUUACCUCUACCCUCCCCCCCACGAGAUGAUACAAAACCAUUUACUUCUCCAAGAGACCUGGCCUUUCUUCAGGGUUGGGUAGAUUAAGCUCAUUUAGCUCUCCCUUCCUUACCAAAUUAUGCCCUUUAAACCAGUUUCCUCUUUAGAACCCUAUAGUGCCUAUGCCCACAUCCACAGGACAGGGAUUUUUCAUAUGAAGAAGUCAGAGCCACACAAUGUGAGUAGUCUGAUCUUCCCAUAGCCCAUUACACUUGCGAGGUUACUGAGGCAGGAGGAGAGUAAAUGAUAUAUUGACCAAGACUUGCUUGAACUGAGAUUGCCAUGUUAUCUGUCCACUUUGUUCACAAAGCAGCCUUCACUCAUCCAAGUGAGAAUUCGAUGGACACAUACUCCAGUGAGCACGGAGCUUCAGUCAAAUGUACUCUUUCCACAUUUUGUUGAAAUAAACCAUCACAUUUGUAGAAGAA